AUGAGUGAAGCACCACAAGUCGAUAUCCUUGAGGCCUCCAAGGAAAAAUUUGUCAACCUUAUUUCUGAGCUUGACGACUCUCAAUUCCAUACUUUCGAACAAUUUGUUCAAUCAGCACUUCAGGAAUACCACGGUCAAAUCCACCAUCACCACGGUGACGAAGGCGAUGCUAUGGAUACCGAAGAGCAUGAUGGUAGUUAUCAACCUGUCAGCGAUGCUAAAAUGAUGAGAUUAGGUAGAAUGAUCAAAGAUCUUCGUACCCGUGUUCCUAUCUCUGCUGAAGCACCCGGAGAAAAAACAGUCAUUCCCAAUACUCCCGAUUUUAAGGGAUUCACAGAUCAAAAUACUGUUCACGUGGAUGGCUUUUUGUUUUCUGAAGAGGAUGUAGAUGACCUUUGUGAGGAAGGAAAGAUGUCUCGAAAUUAUUGUUUAGACUGUAAAUCCAAGAAUUGUGCUCCUUUGAACUUUAUUUCUCAUUCUGCCUCUGUUUUACAAUUGCAAUUUUUGUAUCAGGUUGCUUUGGCCGAUAAAGUGAAAGAUAAGGUCAUUGUGGAUGUUGGAUCAAGGUUAGGUGCCGUUUUAUACGCUGGCCAUUUAUUCACGCGUGCUCGUAAAAUUAUUGGUGUUGAAAUCAAUGAAUGGUUUACAAAGUUACAAAAGGACAUGAUCAAGCAAUACAAGAUGGAUGAUCGCAUUGAAGUUAUGUGCAAAGAUAUUCAAACCAUGCCCGAGCUAUUAUCCAAAGACGCUGAUAUUGUUAUCAUGAAUAACGUAUUCCAAUUUUUCAACGAUCUUCCUAUGCAACAACAAAUCUGGAAAUUUGUACGUGCUGAAACCAAGAAGAAGUCUGGAUUGUUAUUAGUUACUCUUCCUGCUUUACAAGAUCAGUUAAAGGAAGCCGGUUUGUCCGCUAAUAAAUUAAUGAAAGGUUGGGUGAAGGAAGUGAAGCUUAACUAUGAUGGCGGUUGGUUCCAAGAUCUUAACGAUGAUGAAUUAGAGGAAAUUAAACAAGUCCAUUUAUAUAAAGUAUUGUAA